CAGAGCCACCAUGGAUACAGAAAUGGACGCCAUCGCCACCCUGAACACAUUGCAGGUCUAUGCUGCCGCCCUGAAGGAGCUGCGGAGCAAAUGUCACCUGCAGCUAAAGACCAUGAGAGGCUUCCUGGAACGAGCCGGCCUCACGGUGGAUGAACUUGACCGUCUCAAUAUCAUUCAUGUGACCGGAACAAAGGGCAAGGGCUCGACAUGUGCGUUCACUGAGCAGAUUUUAAGAAAUUGUGGCUUCCGCACAGGAUUUUUCAGCUCUCCACAUCUGGUCCAAGUGACAGAGAGGAUUCGGAUCAAUGGGCAGCCAAUUGGAAAAGAGCUCUUCACCAAAUACUUCUGGCAGAUAUACAGACGGCUCGAUGAAACGAAGGAUGCUAACGGAGGGACGAUGCCGACAUAUUUUGGUAUCCUCACCAUCUUGGCCUUCCAUAUCUUCCUUCAGGAGAAGGUGGAUUUAGCUGUGAUUGAAGUUGGUAUUGGAGGAGCGUACGACAACACCAACAUAAUACGGAGGCCGUGGGUGUGUGGCAUCUCGUUCCUGGACAUAGACCACACUGAUAUUCUGGGAGACACCAUCGAAAAGAUCGCCUGGCACAAAGCGGGCAUAUUCAAGCCUGGAGUCCCCGCCUUCACCAUCAGACAGCCAGAGGGCGCCAUGCCCGUGCUCGAGCAACGGGCCAAAGAGAUCGGGUGUCCACUGUGGAUGUGUCCACAGCUGGAGGACUACCAGGCGGAAUGUAAACCUUUGCACCUGGGCCUUGCAGGACAGCACCAGCGCUCCAACGCCUCCCUCGCCCUCCAGCUGAGUCACACCUGGCUUCAGAUGAGGGGUCUACCAGAUAACAGCUUACCCUACAUCACUGUUAACAACAGCAGGAUGCUUCAGGCGACUGCCUUCACUCCCAGCCCCAUGAUGGUGAAAGGGUUGGCAGAUACCGAGUGGCCCGGCAGGAGCCAGACCCUAAAACGUGGAGCGGUCACCUACUUCCUGGAUGGAGCUCACACCCUACACAGCAUCCAGGCCUGUGCUCAGUGGUUUAGAGAGACUGCAGCUGAGCACGAGAGGAACGCCAGUGGCCCUGUGGCCAGAGUUUUACUGUUCAACGUUACAGGAGAGAGAGACGCAGGUGCUUUCCUUAAACUCCUGGUUCCGUGCCACUUUGACUUUGCUGUGUUCUGCCCAUGCAUCGCUGAAGUUGGCACUUCCAAUAUUCAGGAAAAGAAGUUUGACAUGUCUGUGGAGGAGAUGCUGAGUCGCUGCUUGGACAACGAGAGGAUCUGGCGCCUCCAUAACCACCAGGAUGACAACGGAGAUAAUCUGCUGCUGAUAGAGGACAGUCUUCCUCGUUUACCUGAGAACAGAGGGGACACCUUGGUAUUCCCGUGCAUCUUCAGCGCCCUCCAGUGGAUCACACAUGGCAGGAACUCAGUGCUGUCUGACCAGGCCAAGACAACGCUCCCGGUUAAACCGAGCAUCACGGCCAAAGCUGCUUCUCUCCGCGAAGCUAGCGAUAUCCAGGUCCUCAUCACUGGAAGCCUUUACCUGGUGGGAGGAGCUCUCAAAUACCUCGACCCAGCUUCCUCCAAGUGAACAGAAGUGUUUUGUAUUUGCACAACUGCGAGAGAUUUGCUUCCAGGGAAGAGGGUUGUUUGUGGUUUUAGUUUUUCCUGACUUAUUUUCCUGAAUUUGAUUAUUUUGUCUGUGACCAAGGUAUGAAGGUGAUUUUACUUUUUGGAUGCUAAUCAUAAACAACGUUUGAGUAUAUUUUUGUAACAGUGGCCAAAACUCAAGUUUGUAAGUUUGACUGGAUUGCAAAUAAAUGAUCUUUUAAAAUGUAAAGUUUUUGAUCACAGACUGGAUAACGUUGCCUUCAAAGCUUUUCUCUUAUUUGCAUCACUA